ACAUGUUUAAAUGCUCAGACCUAACACAACAAAUCCAAUUCACAUCGAUCUACUCUAUUUAAGACAAGAGAUUCAAUCACAUCUCUUACAAACAAAGAAAAUUCUUCUCUCUAAAACGUUCCCUCAAAUUAUUAGAUUGCUGCAAAUAUGGCUAGAAUGUUAGCUUUAGUAGUGGUGGCAUUAUGGGUGCUAAAUAUGGCAAUGGUGUCUAGGGCAUUGAACGCUCAUGAAGUGAGACAACUAGCAUCUAAACAUAAUAUAACAUGUGUACUAGUUUUUGGAGAUUCGAGUGUCGAUCCCGGUAAUAACAAUCGCCUUCCGACCACCAUGAAAGGCAACUUUCCACCGUACGGAAAAGAUUUCUUUGAUGGAAGACCCACCGGAAGAUUCUCUAAUGGAAGACUUGCCACUGAUUUUAUAGCCGAGGCGAUUGGCUAUACUAAAACAAUUCCGGCAUUUCUUGAUCCUAACAUAAAACCAACAGAUUUGUUACAUGGUGUUAGCUUUGCUUCUGCUGCUUCUGGUUAUGAUGAUCUGACCGCAAAUAUUUCUAAUGUUUUGCCAGUUUCCCAGCAACUAAAAUACUUGAUGCACUACAAGAUCCAUCUUGGCCGGUUAGUAGGCGAGAAGAAAGCAAAUUUUAUCAUAAAUAAUGCGGUAUUUAUUAUGAGCAUGGGAACAAAUGACUUUCUUCAGAAUUAUUUCUUGGAUCCAACUCGUCCAGACCAAUACACUGUCGAAGAAUACGAAAAUUUCUUGGUCUCACGCAUGGAGGACGACUUCAAGGAGAUGCAUAGAUUAGGAGCCAGAAGAUUGGUUGUAGUUGGAGUUCCACCAAUGGGAUGCAUGCCACUUGUCAAGACGCUAAAGAAUGAGAAAACUUGCGUAGAAAGUUAUAACCAAGCAGUCUCAUCUCUCAAUUCCAAAAUAAAACAAACCCUAAUUAAAUUGAGACAAACAUUAGGGAUCAAAGAUGCUUACGUGGACUGUUAUACUAUGAUUUUAAAUGCUGUAAACAAUCCAAAACAAUAUGGUUUAUUAGAGACUGGAAUAGGUUGCUGUGGAACAGGAACUGUGGAAUAUGGAGACUCAUGCAGAGGAUUAGACACUUGUGAAGAUGCUUCAAAAUAUGCAUUUUGGGAUGCUGUUCAUCCGUCGCAAAAGAUUUACCAGCUUCUUGCUGAUGAAGCUUUAAAUUCACUUAGUGAAGCACUCUUGAGAUAAGGAUGUUGUGUAAAUGUAGUCAUGAUUUUGCACUGUUGUUAUGAUUGUUUGUUGUAUUAAGUGAAAUUUGUUUGUCAAAAUAUAUAUUUUGAGGAAAUAAUUUUGAUGGUUAUGUAUUUCGAAAA